UGUGUUAUCCUGUGAUGUGAAGAAGCCACCGCGCCAUCCAGAUCAGUCCUCUUCCUGUCCGUCAGCCUCACCCCACUUUGCCCCACCCGGACAUUCAAAGUCCGACCUCACCACCAUUACCCCCAGACAAUUAACAACCGCCGCGCCAUAUCUAGCAAUCUGCAAUCCGUGACCGAACCAGGCUUAGCACGCGCCCUUUUUGCUUCACCCCGACACUAUUACCCCCAGCUUUCUCGCGCAUUACAACGAGUCGUGCGAUAGGCCGAAUUGAUAGCGAAAGCCAAAGGCCCUGCCGUGUUUCCCUGCGGAAAACCCUCUCUCGGAGUGAUGAGUUGCGUUGUAUAAAGUCCCCCGACCAGGACUCCUCCCCAAUCAUCGAUAUAGAACAACACUCACCCCUCCAUCCUCACCUCUACAUAUACAUAUCUCCCUCGAAACCCCCAACACUACAGUCAAAAUGGCGCUCAACGAAAACUACCCCCUCUCCUCCCCCUCCUCCCUAAAAUCCCAGUUCCUGGGCAAGAAACUCGCCGACCUGCCCACGCCGUCUAUAAUCCUCGACCGCGCGCUCGUGCGCCGCCAUUGCGCGGAGAUGCAGCGCGUGUGCGGGGCGCUCGGGAUCGGGUUCCGGGCGCACGUGAAGAGCCACAAGACGACGGAGGUCUCGCGGUACAUGGUCGGGGACGGGCUGAGCUGGGAGGGGAAAGAAGGCGGGCACGAGGGGCCGGCGAACUUCAUCGUCAGCACCGUGGCCGAGGCGGAGCAUCUCGCGCCGUUUGUGCGCGGCGAGCAGGCCAGGGGGCGGGAGGCCAGUAUUCUCUACGGCGUGCCGGUCCCGCCCUCGUCGCUCCCGCGGCUCCUCGCCCUCGCCGCAUCACUGCAGCCCAAAAGCAUCCUCCUCAUGCUCGACUCGCCCGCCACACUAACCCGCCUCCUCGCCGCCCUCGCCACAACCCCAACGCCCACCCUCGGCCUCUUCGUCAAAGUAGACACGGGCUACCACCGCGCCGGCCUCGCGCCCGAAUCCCCCUCGCUCGCCGCCCUGAUCGCCGCGAUCCUGCAAUCCGAGCAGGACGGCCAGAGCGUGGAGUUGGUAGGCUUGUACUCGCACCUGGGCUCCUCGUACGCGAACUCCAGCCCGCAGGACGCCGCGUCCGGGCUGGCCACCGAAUUCGCAGGCCUGGAGAGCGCGCUCCGCGUCGUCCCUGCGCCGCGGCGCAAAAGCCUCGUGCUGAGCGUCGGCGCGACGCCCACGGUUGCCGCAGCGCAGAACCUGGCGUCGGGCAGCGGCGCGCAGGACGCCGCGUUGCGGCAGGCGCUGGACCGCGUCAAGGCGCUGUGCAGGGUCGAAGUGCACGCGGGCGUGUACCCGCUGCUGGAUUGCCAGCAGGUGGCUACGGGCGCGAGGGGCGCGCGGCAUGCGGAUAUCGCUGUGCGUGUGCUGCUUGAGGUGUCGUCGGUGUACGGCGAGCGCGAGCGGCCGGAGGUGCUUGUCUCGGGGGGCAGUCUGGCGCUGGGGCGGGAGCCGUGUAAGAGUUAUUCUGGCUGGGGGAUUGUGGAGGGGUCGUUGGGGAAUGAGGGCGCGGCAGUGUUUGGGGAGGGGGGCGCGGGGUGGGUGGUUGGGAGGGUGAGUCAGGAGCAUGGGGUGCUUCUUUGGGAGGGUGAUGUUGGGCAGUAUAAGGAGUUGCGGGUGGGGGACAAGGUGGCAGUUUGGCCGAAUCAUGCGUGUAUAGCGGGGGUUGGGUUUGGGUGGUAUCUUGUGGUGGAUUCGGAGUUAGGUGGGGACGAGGUUGUGGACGUGUGGGUGAGGUGGAGGGGGUGGUAGGCUGUCGUAGGUAUGUGUGCGAUAUUGAUUCUAGAAA